AUGAAUUCGAACGUUGUGUACUCGUCCGUGUGCCGAAACGGAGGGGAUGCGGCGGCCUACGGAGCCGCGACCACCCCACAGCAGACGAUUUACAACGGCGGGACAGCCGGCUCGAGUCCCGAGUCCAUCUCGGCGUACUACCACCAUCAGCAACCACCAACCGGACCGUCGUACCUUCCGACCACCCUGAUGACACCGUACUCCAGUGCUCCUGAACUUCGUACACCCCCAUUGCACCCCGAGGCCACAAAUGGCCAUCACACCCCCCACCAAAUCAUCAGCGACAGUAAUGGUCUCAGCUACACCAACUUGGACCAAUCGCAUUUUCAUCAGCAACGACCUGCUAAUCCAACGUACCAUCAUACCCACUACAGCGCGGUGGCCGACGUGGCCCCGCGUAACACAGCGUACCACCACCCGUAUCGAAACCUCGACUAUUCUUACGAGUUCGGAGGGCACCAGGGCCCCGACCAUCAGGGGGUCUCCUUGGGCCCAGAAGGGGCGAGAGUGGUCAGUGGAUUUGGCAUGACAGCCUCCACCUAUCCGUACUUGGAUUCCUUGAGCUUGACCGGCAGAAAUGGGUACGGUGCGUACGAAAAGUACGACCCAGCACUAAGAGAGAGCUGUCAGAUGAAUGGAGGGUACCAGUAUGGUUCCCCGGUACACCGGUCCCGUGUACCGACGGCACAGCCGGCAUCUUUACCUAUGUUCAAGUGGAUGCAAGUCAAGAGGAGUGUACCAAAACCACGUAAGUCAAUAAAUACACUUUUUCAUUGA